AUGUGUGCCUUUUAUUUACAAUUGCAGAGCAACAUCUUUGGAGGUCUAGACGAGAGUCUCCUAGCCCGCGCAGAAGCCCUGGCUGCAGUAGACAUUGUGUCGCCAGGCAAGAGCCACCAUCACCACCCACCACAUCACAGCCCCUUCAAACCUGACGCCACCUAUCACACCAUGAACACCAUCCCCUGUACCUCGGCGGCAUCUUCGUCCUCAGUGCCCAUCUCGCACCCCUCUGCCCUGUCAAGCACCCACCACCACCACCACCACCAUCACCACCACCAACCUCACCAAGCUCUGGAAGGAGAACUCUUGGAACACAUCACACCAGGACUGGCACUGGGUGCCAUGACAGGCCCUGAUGGCUCAGUGGUUUCCACACCAGGCCACGCUCCUCACAUGGGCAGCAUGAAUCCAAUGCACCAGGCAGCUCUCAGCAUGGCGCACGCCCAUGGGCUACCUUCACACAUGGGCUGCAUGAGCGAUGUGGAUGCAGAUCCACGGGAUUUGGAAGCCUUCGCAGAGCGGUUCAAACAGCGGAGGAUCAAACUAGGAGUGACUCAAGCAGAUGUGGGCUCAGCCCUGGCCAACCUCAAGAUCCCCGGGGUGGGGUCCCUAAGUCAAAGCACCAUCUGCAGGUUUGAAUCCCUUACCUUGUCCCACAACAACAUGAUUGCUCUCAAACCCAUCCUGCAAGCAUGGCUGGAAGAGGCAGAGAAAUCACACCGGGAGAAGCUCACCAAACCAGAGCUCUUCAAUGGGGCAGAGAAGAAGAGGAAACGCACUUCCAUCGCUGCUCCUGAAAAAAGGUCCCUGGAAGCCUAUUUCGCUAUCCAACCACGACCUUCCUCAGAAAAAAUUGCAGCCAUCGCAGAGAAAUUGGACCUCAAGAAGAAUGUGGUCCGAGUCUGGUUCUGCAACCAAAGGCAGAAACAGAAACGGAUGAAAUAUUCCGCUGGGAUUUAA